AUGUUACCCAACACCGGGAAGCUAGCAGGAUGUACAGUUUUUAUCACAGGUGCCAGCCGUGGCAUUGGCAAAGCUAUUGCGUUGAAAGCAGCAAAGGAUGGAGCAAACAUUGUCAUUGCUGCGAAGACCACCCAAGCACACCCCAAACUCCCAGGCACAAUCUAUACUGCUGCUGAAGAAAUCGAAGCAGCUGGAGGAAAGGCCUUGCCUUGUGCUGUUGAUGUGAGAGAUGAACAGCAAAUCAAUAAUGCUGUGGAGAAAGCAGUGGAGCAAUUUGGAGGAAUUGAUAUUUUGGUGAAUAAUGCCAGUGCCAUUAGCUUGACCAACACAUUGGAAACGCCUAUGAAGAGAGUGGAUUUGAUGAUGAAUGUCAACACCAGAGGCACCUAUCUGACAUCUAAAGCAUGUAUUCCUUAUUUGAAAAAGAGUAAAAUUGCGCAUAUCCUCAAUCUCAGUCCACCACUGAACCUAAAUCCAUUGUGGUUCAAACAGCACUGUGCUUACACCAUUGCUAAGUAUGGUAUGUCUAUGUGUGUGCUUGGAAUGGCAGAAGAAUUUAAGGGUGAAAUUGCAGUCAAUGCAUUAUGGCCUAAAACAGCCAUCCACACCGCUGCUAUGGACAUGCUGGGAGGAUCCGGUAUUGAAAGCCAGUGUAGAAAAGUUGAUAUUAUUGCAGAUGCUGCCUAUUCCAUUUUUAAAAAGCCAAAAAGUUUUACAGGAAACUUUAUUAUUGAUGAAAACAUCUUAAGAGAAGAAGGAGUAAAAAAUUUUGACGUCUAUGCAAUUAAACCAGGCCAUCCUUUGUUACCAGAUUUCUUCUUAGAUGAACACCCAGAUACAAUUAUCAAGAAAGUGGAAUCACGUGGUGCUGUUCUGGAACUCAAAGAAGAGAAGCCACAGCCACCACCAAAACCACGUUCUGGAGCUGUGGAAGAAACAUUUAGAAUUGUUAAGGACUCUCUCACUGAUGACGUCGUUAAAGCCACUCAAGCAAUCUAUCAGUUUGAACUCUCAGGUGAAGAUGGUGGAAUGUGGUUUCUUGAUCUUAAAAGCAAAGGUGGGAACGUUGGAUAUGGAGAGCCCUCUCAUCAGGCAGAUGUGGUGAUGAGUAUGUCUACUGAUGAUUUUGUAAAAAUGUUUUCAGGGAAACUAAAACCAACAAUGGCAUUCAUGUCAGGGAAAUUGAAGAUUAAAGGAAACAUGGCCCUAGCAAUCAAAUUGGAGAAGUUAAUGAAUCAGAUGAAUGCCAGGCUGUGAAGGAAAAGGGAAAAAAAGUGUUGACUGCCAAGCUUAAAAAGUAAAAGGGCUCAACAGUUAAAAAUCUGUCUGUUUUCUUCUCUGUCAUGUUAUAAGGA